CUUGUUUUUGGGUCAAUCAUUCUGGAAUUAACAAAACCUGGGUUUUUAUCACUUCAAACCCAAAAAAAUCAUUUCCAUUCUCAUUGCAACAAGAAGAUAUGGACCAAAAGAGUAUAAAUGGUAACUUCACAGGUCAAUGUCUAUCAAGAAUCAGUGGUCAAGAUGAACAUAUGGAUAUACUGAUAUAGCUGCUAGAAGAUGGAAGGGAGGACGUGUUAGGGGUUGAAGAGUACACUUGUCUUGGAAUUGUUUGAAAAGGGGAUCUGCCAAAAGAAGGAUGAAAAGACAUGUUACCAAAUAAAACUAGUUUUUUAGCAUCUUAAGGCUGCCAAAGGGGGGAAUUGUCCAGAUACAGUAAUCUAUAAUUCACCAUUGUCCAAGCAAAGCAACUGUUCCUCUCUCUCUCUCUCUCUGUGUGUAAACUUUUCCUUCUAUAUUCUUCCUUUCUGUCACCUAACAUGAAGCACUCCCUUCUUUCCAAAUGGGGUGGUUGCAGUCCCUCUUCUCUCCAUUGAAGAAGCUGUGGUCUCGCUUGCAUUCAGAUAGGGAAAAGGGUAGAGGGAUAUAUAUCUUAUACGAGGAUGUCAAGUCAUGUCCAUGCGAAGAUGUCCAAGUCCUCUGGUCAAUACUGGUGGAGUCUCAUCCAUCCGUUGCUACAUCAGACCAUUGAAGCAUAUGGACUUCAAAAACCAUUUAAGAUUUGUAGCCGAAAAUUAAUGUUCUAUUAUGUAUAUAAACCAUAGCCCUUCUUUCUCUCUUUAGCACUCGUUUAGAACAAAAGAUAGCAAAAUGAUUAGCUGAAUCUUCUCUGUUAAGAUGGCUUUUGUUUGGCCAUAACAUGAAGGAAGGUUGUGUUGUUAUUUAUUUCCAAAAGCUUAAAUGCCUUACUGCUUGAGCUUU